CACUCUCGGUCUCUCACUCCGUGAGACACAGACGGCAGCUUUCCGAGCGAGCGGGGGACAGGCUGAGGCGGCGCCAGCACAACUGCGCCGCUCGCCCCGAGAGGACCUGGGCGCCGGGAGAGAAGGCAAAGCCCGGAGUCCCAUCCCCUCUCUCCCCGGGGCUCUACUGAGCCGACGGGCAGCUCGGCGGCCGCGCGCGGCCCCCUUUGCGGCCACUUCGCGGGGUGUGCCAGGACUUGGGGAGCGGCUCGGGAAGAGCCGGGGCGGGAGAAGGCGGCGGCGGAGAAAGGGGGCGCGCACCAGGACGGGAGAGGAGUGAGUGGCGGGCUGGGCGGCGGCGGCGGCCGUAGCUGCGGGUACCUCCCGGCCUCGCCGCUUCGCAGGCAGCACCGCCUCCCGGGCCGCGGCCGCCCGGCCGGGUCCUCUACGCGUUCCCGGGCCCCGAGCCGGCGCACGAUGCGCCCGGCUGGGUUCUGAUCGCCGCCGCGCCGCCGCCUCCGCCGCGAUGAUCCCCCCCGAGCCGCCGCAGCAGCAGCUGCAGCCGCCGCCGCCGGCCCCGCCGAACCAUGUGGUGACCACCAUCGAGAACCUGCCGGCCGAGGGCAGCGGCGGCGGCGGCAGCCUGUCCGCCUCCUCCCGGGCUGGCGUACGCCAGAGGAUCCGCAAAGUGCUGAACAGGGAGAUGUUAAUCUCUGUGGCUCUGGGCCAGGUGUUAUCCCUUCUUAUUUGUGGAAUUGGCUUGACCAGCAAGUACCUGUCAGAAGAUUUCCAUGCCAAUACACCAGUCUUCCAGAGCUUCCUCAAUUACAUCCUUCUCUUCUUGGUCUAUACCACCACACUAGCUGUCAGACAAGGAGAAGAAAACCUCCUGGCAAUUUUACGACGAAGAUGGUGGAAAUAUAUGAUCCUGGGACUCAUCGACCUGGAAGCAAAUUAUCUGGUGGUCAAGGCUUACCAGUACACGACUCUGACCAGUAUUCAGCUCUUGGACUGCUUUGUGAUCCCGGUGGUGAUUUUGCUCUCCUGGUUCUUCCUGCUGAUUCGGUACAAGGCUGUGCAUUUCCUCGGCAUCGUGGUCUGCAUCCUGGGAAUGGGCUGCAUGGCAGGAGCGGAUGUCCUCGUGGGAAGGCAUCAGGGAGCAGGGGAAAAUAAGCUGGUAGGGGACCUUCUGGUCUUAGGAGGAGCCACGUUAUAUGGUAUUUCCAACGUCUGGGAAGAAUACAUCAUCCGAACCCUGAGUCGAGUGGAAUUUCUGGGGAUGAUUGGACUCUUUGGGGCUUUUUUCAGCGGAAUUCAAUUAGCCAUAAUGGAGCACAAGGAGCUGUUAAAGGUGCCCUGGGAUUGGCAAAUAGGACUGCUCUACGUCGGCUUUAGCGCCUGCAUGUUUGGCCUCUACAGCUUCAUGCCAGUCGUCAUCAAGAAGACCAGUGCCACUUCGGUCAACCUCUCCCUGCUCACAGCAGAUUUGUACAGCCUGUUCUGCGGACUGUUUCUCUUCCACUACAAGUUUUCAGGGCUUUAUCUCCUGUCUUUCUUCACCAUCCUCAUCGGGCUGGUGCUCUACUCCUCCACCUCCACAUACAUAGCCCAGGACCCCCGAGUGUACAAGCAGUUCCGCAAUCCUUCAGGCCCCGUCGUGGACUUACCGGCCACAGCUCAGGUGGAGCCCUCGGUCACCUACACCAGCCUGGGCCAGGAGACCGAAGAGGAGCCCCACGUGCGUGUGGCCUAGGACAAGGCCCCCCCUGCCCACUGAAGUCACCUCCGUGGCCACGUUGUUCACCCUUCACCUCUGUAUUGUACAUAGAGAAAGGUAUUUAUUAGGUGUGUGUAUGCAGGUGGACUGCAAGGUAGCAAAUCUGAAAGCCUGUGAGAGGCACAAGCUAACCAUCCCUGGAGACAGGGGCUCCAACCCACCUGACUUAGCAAGACGCCUAGCUAGUGUGUAUCCUGAUCGCGACCCUCCUGCAUUAAUUACUGUGAAAACUUUUGAAUUAAAAGCAAGUAUUGUUAUUAUUUGUAUUAUUAUUGUUACUGUUAUUACACUAACUUUCAGGAGGUUGUUUUGUACUCCUGACGAGAACUAUCGCCAGACCCACGUGUAGUUAACAGAAGUCCCCCUUUUCUAUGGCAAGUCACUUUUUAAGAAUCAUACUUUAUUUUUUUGCACAGUCUAUAUGAGCGCUGCGUGCCACAGGAGCUCCACCCCUGAGAAGUUUCCUUAGCCUAGGGACCCGGUGGCUGAUGGUUUCCUCUGUUACCUGUUGGAUUGCCUGCUCGAUAAGAAUUUUGUGCUGGGACCCUUGUGGGGAGGGGCAACUGACCAUAUAAUUCUCUAUUCUAGGAAUAGAUAUAAAACACUUGAGCCUUUUUAUAUUUCCAUCUCUGAUUACUCUGGACCAUUGCCUUUUUGUUGUACCACAUAAUUCUGCUAACGAAGUCCCUGUAAUAACAGGAUAAGGAAUGUUCCAUUUCUGAGGCUCAUAGAAAACCCCAGAAAUAAUAAUAUCAUGUGCGUUUAGAGUUA